AUUAGCUUAGACUUUUCACUUUGGCUGCCGGCACACUUAAGUAAACUUAACCAAAGAGUUUAAUAUUUGUAUAAAAUCUGAAAAAUUUGAUCCACAGAUCUGUAAAAAGCUGAAGAAUGGAUUGCAACAAACCGGAGGAACUGCGGCUGGAUCCGCCUCUUUUUGUGCCCUGCGAUAUGGACCAGUUCCGGGAUCCGAAUAAGCAGCGUGCAGAAGUAGAUGCCUGCGAGGAGCUGGAGAAGCUGGACGCCCAGGAUGAGAUCAGUGUGUCGAGUAUCAUCUCGGCAUUAUUGCGCCCCAUCGAACCCUCCGAUGAGCAGAUGAAGGUAUGUGACUGGGGCAUCAAUCCCAAGCAUUUCCUGCCCACCAAACAGGCGGUGGUGUUCCGGGAGCAGCUGUUCAUAUCGAAGCUGCGGAAUACAAAUUGCAAGCUGAACGAGGAUCUGAAGAUCUUCUUCGAUCGCGAGCUGGAGCAGAUCGGGCGCUUCUGCCUGAACGUGGAGGAGGCCUUCGAUGGCUACGUGGUCUACAGCAGCAGCAAGAUGAAGAAGGGCAAGGGGAUGACGGAGUGUGGCCACCAGUUGAAGGGCAAGUACGAUGACAAGUUCCUGCUGAUCUGCGAAAAACGCUCCGAGUUCGAUCGCAUCGACAACACCCGGGUGGAGAAGAUCCUGGAGGUGCGCAAUCAUGCGGACCAGAUGCUCACCGCCAUCCGGGAGACGCGGAUCAACGAGGAAGUGCAGCGUUUCAAGGCGAACAUCAAUAUAAAGGAUCGAGACCAUGUGUUCGUCUUGGAUGGCGGCAUCAUGUUGCUAAUGCGCCACCUCAUCUGCAACAGUUUCGUGGGCAACUUCGAGUACUACACGAUGAAUCUGUACGGGCGUGUGCUGCGCUGCAACCUGGCGGUGUCCAAGGAACGCAAGGUGGUCCGCAUCUUUUACCGCACCUACAAGAACGUCAUUCAUGUCGUCACGCAGCAGUGCUUCAACGACGAGCUGCAGGACGUGGCCGAGACCUUCAUGUCGCCCGAAGGACGCAUCGUCCUGCAUUACUGGCGUGGCUACAACUACCUGCUGCAUGCCGCCUGCAUGCCGGUCAAGUCGACCAAGGAUCCUAUUGUGCCCAAGCUGGAGCUGAUGUGGCGCCAAAACAAGCUGCUCUCCAAAAAGUAUCGUGACCUCAAGGCGCUCAACUAUGAGAAUGCCACCAAAUACUUGAACAGCCAUUCCCAGCUAGCUGACUAUCUGCAGGACUACGUCCUCAAUCUGCUCCGCUACAAGCCCACCAACGUCCUGGAGUUCUCCAUCAUGUUCUUUCAAAAUAUGUCAAAAACUUGAAAAUAAUUCCAAAUUAUCUCAAAAAAUUUAAAGUGUAGACCGCAUUCCUUAAACUCCACAACUGUUUGGAAAAAAAUUAUGUUUUUAGAAAAUAAAGUUGAGAUUGCAUUGGUGGGAAAGUGAAA